AUGAGCCACGACUUUCAGCUGAGUGUCUACCUCGGCAUCGUUUUCCUCAUCUGGUCUGUAUACUUCAUCGUCAAAAUACUCAGGUCUCCUCUGCGUCGUAUUCCUGGACCUUUCUCCUCCAAAUUCACUCGACUACCCUUACAACUCGCAACAUCACGCGGAGCUCAGCUCUAUUAUAUUCAUCGCUUACACCAAACAUAUGGCCAUAUCGUUCGAAUCUCGCCAAAUGAAGUCUCAGUCUCUUCCAUGGCCGAUAUCAGAGAGAUACAUCGCAUUGGAUCCGGCUUUUUGAAGACAGAGUGGUAUGAUGUGUUUACACGAGGUCUCAUCGGUGUGUUCAAUAUGAGAGAUCCAAAGGAACAUGCCCAACGGCGGAAACUUUUCGCACGUCCGUUUUCCAAAUCGGCUCUUCGAACUUCAUGGGAACCUGUCGUGAAAGAUAAAGCCCAGCUCGCUAUCUCUCAGAUUCAGAAUGAAAUUGCCGCAAAUGGUAUCUGCGAUUUCCUUAAGUGGGCGACAUUCCUGGCUACUGAUAUCAGUAGUCAUCUUAUGUUUGGAGAUUCGUUUGACAUGUUGCAGAAGGGAAAGAAAAACGAAUACAUUCGUAUCCUAGAAGCAUAUACCCAAGGGUCCGGCAUAAUGAUGGAGGUCCCUUUUGCUAAAUGGAUCCUACCUUACAUUCCCCUCCGAUCAUUUCGCGAAAUGUUCUCAGGUGAUGAAAUCCUACUCCAGCAUGGUCGAGAAUCGGUAGCAUACAGUCGAAAGCACAGCGAGUCCUGUCGAAAUAUUUUCUCCGGCCUUGUUUAUGAGUCUGAGAAAGACGACGUCUCCCUCAGCGAUACCGACGUAGCGAUGGAAGCAUCAAGCCUCAUCAUUGCAGGCUCCGACACAACUGCUAUCACGCUUACGUAUCUGAUUUGGGCGGUCUUGUCGCGGCCAGAACUACGAUCUGAUCUAGAGACUGAACUUGCUACUUUAGGGGAAAACUGGAAUGAAAGUCGACUCGAAGCACUUCCUCUACUAAACGCAAUAAUCACUGAGACACUGAGACUGUAUGGCGCAGCUCCGGGCUUGCUGCCUCGUACUGUUCCUGAAGGUGGUGUUUCAUUCUCGGGGUAUUAUAUUCCUGCGGGUAUGAUCGUGGGCACUCAGAGUUGGACAGUCCAUCGCGAUCCUCUCCUGUUCCCAGAUCCCGAAAAGUUUGAGCCUGAGAGAUGGCUGCCGGGACCAAAAGAGACAUCUGAAGCGGGUCGAAUGGCCCUCUCGCCUUUUGGGUCUGGAUCACGCACUUGUCUGGGAAUUCAUCUUUCGUGGAUGGAACUACGACUCAUCGCAGCCGAGUUCUUUCUUCGAUGUGGGAAUGUGAAACUGGCACCCAGUGUGACUGAAGAGAGUAUGAAGCCGAAGCAUUUCUUCCUAAUUGCACCUUCAGCGCACACAUGUGAGAUAGUAAGUACUUGA